AUGGCUCAGCUCGCGGCCACUUUUGUGCCGGAAGAUGUUGCUAUCAUUUCGGCCUUACCUAUUGGACGGUCGGAUUUGCCAGACUUGUUGGGCUGGCAUUUCACAAAGACAGGUAAAUAUACGGUCAAAUCUGGGUACAACAUUUUACAACAACAUAGGGUGUCCAACUCAGGUGGGAAAGACAUUGGUCCUCAUAUUACACCAUUACAUGCCUUCGUUUGGACCAUUAAGUGUCCUCCUAAAGUUCGUCCUUUUAUGUGGCAAGCGAUUACCGGGUGUGUGGCAGUCUCAUCUAACCUCCGGAAGCGCGGGUUGGGUUGUGAUACUCAAUGUGUGCUCUGUGGAGCUCCGGAGGAGACUAUUAAUCAUGUUUUGUUUGAGUGUCCGCCAACACGUCAGGUGUGGGCCUUAUCUCAGUUUCCGACACGAUCAGGGAUUUCCCUUCGGAGUCGUAUCUUGGAUCCAAACCCAGAAGCAAUUUUGAGGGUAGCGGAGGAUGAAUCAAAGGCUUGGUUUUUGGCACAAUUAGAGGAGGUGGCUGAGCCUACAUCUUUGGUCCCAAGGAUAUUUCCUGGAGGUGGUAGAGGCUUUUUGAGGGAUAGGGAUCACACUAAUUUCUUAUGCUUUCUAAAUGGCUUUUGGAAAGCGACAGAUCCAUUUGCAGGCCGAGAGGUCGAAGCCCUCCUUUGGGCGAUGCGUUGCAUGAUUGGAGCGGAUAAUCAGGAUGUUGUGUUCUUUACCGACUGCUCCGACUUAGUGAAGAUGGUGUCUUCACCCUCAGAGUGGCCAGUGUUCAAGACUUAUUUGGAAGACAUUCAGGAAGAUAAAGAGGAGUUCACAUCCUUCUCGCUGAUCCUCAUUCCUCGCACGCAGAAUGGUAAAGCGGAUAAUCUGGCACAGCGAGUUCGUUCCGAGCCGUAUUUUAUUACAUUUGUAAACAAUGUUCCGUCUCAUUGGCUUUAA